AUGACACUAACAUCAGGUGGGUGUGAACGACGACGGCCUGAUACAGUACAUGGAGCUGACUUACUACUCCGAUUGCGGCGUCAACUACAACGACACGACGGCGGCGGGCGUGGCGAGCGCGCUCGCGAACUUGUACGCGAGCGGCACGUGGAGCGUGCGCGGCUACAGCGUGCUCACCGACAAGCCCGCCAACACGUGGUGCCGGUCGCCGGUUCUGAACUCGGUACAACAGAAGCGAUAGCAAUAAUGGAACAUAUAAUGGAACGAAUCGCUCACGCCACCGGAAAGGACCCAAUCGACGUGCGAAUAACAAAUUUGGACCCCGAACAUAUCAGUAUCAAAGAUAUGAUAGAUUCAUUCAAAAGAGACACGGAUUACGACGAGCGUAGAACUCAAAUUGCCAAGUACAAUGCGGAUAACGCAUGGAAAAAGAAAGGCUUGAAGUUAGCCAUCAUGUGUUUCCCAAUAUCGUACGAAUGGAAUAUACCGUCGACGGUGUCUGUUUACCACGGGGAUGGGACAGUGUCCGUGUCCCACGGGGGGAUAGAGAUGGGACAGGGGAUAAACACGAAGGUGGCACAAGUUUGUGCGUACACUCUAAAAGUGCCGCUGGAGAAAGUAACGGUGUUGGGGACGGAUAGUUUUGUGUCUCCCAACUCUGUGGUCAGCAGCGGCAGUGUGGCGAGUGAAUGUGUCGCGUAUUCUACUAUCAAAGCUUGCGAGGAUCUGCUGAGGAAAUUGGAACCAGCCAGGAAUGGACCUGAUCAGUCCUGGGAAGAUGUCGUUAAGAAAGCUUAUGAAAAAGGCAUAAAUCUGCAGAGUAACUACAUGAUGUCACAAACUGUAGACAAACUCAAACCCUAUAACGUAUACGGCGUAUGUGUGGCUGAAGUGGAACUUGACGUACUGACUGGUAGACAUGAGGUGACCAGGGUGGACUUCCUUGAAGACGUAGGCAUCAGCCUGAGUCCAGAUAUUGAUGUUGGACAGGUAUACAUAUUUUUUUAUUGAUUUAAUUGGUCAUUUCAAUAAAUUCGUUGCUUAUUAUGUUAUAUAUUUUUGUCAAUAUACCUAGUUUGUAUACUGAUAACGUUUCUUUUUUGUUUUGCAAAAUAAAACGAUAAAAAAAUUUUUCGCCUAAUUCUAGCAUAUGCAUUAUAACAGCUUGCCUGUUAUAACCACUUGUCUUAUAAAUAUUAUUGUAAAUGCAAAAUUUGUCAAUUAUAGUCAGGGUUCGGAGUGAUAAUCGUUCCCAG